AUGAUGGAGUGCAACAAGGAUGAGGCAAUUAGGGCCAAAGAAAUUGCAGAGCGGAAAUUUUCAGAGAGGGAAUAUGUUGGUGCGAAGAAGUUUGCUCUCAAGGCUCAAAAUCUAUACCCUGAUUUGGAGGAUAUUACCCAGCUUUUGACAACAAUUGAUAUCUAUAUAUCUGCUGAGAAUAAAGUAAGCGGAGAAAUGGAUUGGUAUGGUAUACUUGGAGUGAGCCCCUUUGCUGAUGAGGAGACUGUCAGGAAGCAAUACAGGAAGCUGGCUCUCACCCUUCACCCUGACAAAAACAAGUCUUUGGGUGCAGAGGGUGCAUUUAAGCUGGUUUCAGAGGCAUGGAGUUUGUUAUCAGAUAAGACCAAGAGACUAGAAUAUAACCAGAAGAGAAGUUUGAAAGGAUUCCAACAUAAUUCUUCCAAUCAUGUUGGAUCUAAAUCAGAUGCACCCAAUUCAAAUGGUUUCUAUAAUUUAAAGAAGAAUGUAACGGCAAAUGUCAGGACUGGAAAUAAUAAUGGUCGAGCACCUUCAACUGCAGUUCCUCCUCCACAUAAAAAGGCUGAUACCUUUUGGACUAUCUGUAAUCGGUGCAGGACACAUUAUGAAUAUCUCAGGAUUUAUUUGAAUCACACCCUUUUAUGUCCAAACUGUAAUGAAGCUUUUGUUGCUGUAGAGAGGGGUCCACCACCAAAUGUUUUUAAGCCACCAAAUUGGUCUUCUCAUCAACGACAUCAAAAUUCUCAACACCAUACUGGAAGUAAUAAUACAAACAUUCAGUGGGGUUCUCACAAUAGAAUGGCUGGUUUUGGUAGCACAGACGGAUCAACAUCUGUUGCAGCACAAGCUGCAAGUGUUGUGCAGCAGGCAAGUGAGAAAGUAAGGAGAGAGGGUUCUUUUCACAAAGCUGAAAAACCUAUGAAAAAAAGGAGGACUGAUGAUAUUCGCGUUAAUGGUUAUCAAGGAUACAUGGCGAAUCAUAUGACUGGGGGACAUGGAGCAGCUGGUUUGGGCAGCAUUUCUGAAUCAGGAAAGGCUAACAUGGAAACAGAAAGGAGUUAUGGUUUUUCAGGUCUGCCUAGCAAGCAUUACAGCACAAGAGAAUUGUCAAUGUUUGAAAUACGAAACAUGUUGAUGGACAAGUCUCGCAAUGAAAUUAGGAAGAAACUUCAAGAAUGGAAAUCACUGGCCGAAGUUAAGAUUAACAAGGAUAAAGAGAAUAAGAGACAGAAAAGUGCAUAUAAUGGCAAAACAACUGGUACAGAAAAGCUGAGAGAGCCUGUUGUUAAUGGUAAUAGGCAUCCAAACAUUGAUUCUUUUCCUGUUAGAUCUGAUGAUACAGUUCAGAAGAACCAAGCUUAUGUCACCAUCAAUGUUCCAGACCCAGAUUUUCAUAACUUCGACUUGGACAGAGAUGAAAAUUCCUUUGCAGAGGACCAGGUGUGGGCUGCUUAUGAUGAUGAUGAUGGAAUGCCUCGAUAUUAUGCUAGAAUUCACAAGGUGAUCUCCAUAAAGCCAUUUAAAAUGCGGAUCAGUUGGCUUAAUUCUCGAAGCAACAGUGAAUUGGGCCCAAUAGAUUGGGUAGGCUCUGGUUUUUAUAAGACUUGUGGGGAUUUCAGAACUGGAAAGCAUGAAAUAUCUGAAUCAUUAAAUUCAUUCUCUCACAAGGUUAGGUGGACAAAAGGCAUGAGAGGUGUUGUUCGUAUCUUUCCUGGAAAGGGGGAAGUCUGGGCUCUUUACAGAAACUGGUCUGCUGAUUGGAAUGAACAUACCCCAGAUGAAGUGAUACAUAAGUAUGAUAUGGUGGAGGUGCUUGAAGAUUUCAAUGAAGAACAGGGCGUAUUAGUUACGCCCCUUGUUAAGGUUGCUGGUUUUAGGACUGUGUUUCAAAGGCAUACAGAUCGUGAUCAGGAGAGAAGGAUUCUUAAAGAGGAAAUGUUUCGAUUCUCUCAUCAGGUUCCUAAUUACUUGCUGACUGGUCAAGAAGCUCAGAAUGCUCCAAAGGGUUGUCGAGAGUUGGAUCCAGCCGCUACUCCCUUAGACCUCCUUCAGAUAACGACAGAAGCUAACGAGACAUCGGAUAAUGCUUAG